CUAGAGGUGGGUCAGGCUGGAGUUCCUUCAGCCCUGAGUCUGAGGAUUAAUGGGGGGGGCUGUUGAUUUGGGUAAUUUGUAAUCGGUACUGGAUUCACACAGGGCAUCGGAACCGGGGUUGGGACAGGAAGGGGGUGUGACCAGUUUGGAACAGCGGUCACAAGAAGCAGCCCGAACGGGGUUCUAGUAAUCGAAAAAAGCGGAGAGCCGAGGGGGCCUCGGUGGGGGCUGCGAGGAGGGACAGGCAAGGAUAGGAGAUCCGAACCGGGUUCGGCGCACUGGACUCGUCCCGGAAAGCAGAGUAGCCGCAGAGGCAACGGGAGAACGCCAGCCAGCCAGCCAGCCAGCAAGCAAGCUAGCUUGCGCCAGCUAGCUAACACUCGCUGUAUUGGCCUGUUUUUUUCCAUAACGGUUGAGGGAAAAUUAGCUUACAUUAGGCAGUGGGAAAUAAAAUAAAACGAAUUUAAGUUAGGAUCAAGAAUUUGUUUAAAGAUAUCCUCCAGAAACCUCAAAUUCGGUUCGGAAAUACCAUCGAAGAGGACCUCAGGGUGAUCCGAGUUCAAGGGAUCCCCUUCCCGGCCUGCAAUCAUGGGCAACGCGCCCACCGUUAAGAAAGGCAGCGAGAUGGAGAGUGUGAAGGAGUUCCUCGCUAAAGCCAAAGAGGAUUUCCUCAAGAAGUGGGAGAACCCAGCACAGAACACAGCGUCUCUGGACCAGUUUGAGCGGCUAAAGACACUGGGAACGGGCUCUUUCGGGCGGGUCAUGCUAGUCAAGCACAAAGAGAGCGGUCUGCAUUACGCCAUGAAAAUUCUCGACAAACAGAAGGUAGUAAAGCUGAAACAGAUCGAACACACGCUGAACGAGAAGCGCAUCCUGCAAGCUGUCAGCUUCCCGUUCCUGGUUCGAGUGGAGCACUCCUUCAAGGACAACACUAACCUGUAUAUGGUGAUGGAGUACGUCCCCGGAGGCGAGAUGUUCUCACAUCUACGGAGAAUCGGCAGGUUUAGUGAGCCCCACGCCCGUUUCUACGCCGCCCAGAUUGUGUUGACCUUUGAGUACCUGCACUCACUGGACCUCAUCUACCGAGACCUGAAACCUGAGAACCUGCUCAUCGACCAGCAGGGCUACAUACAGGUUACAGAUUUUGGGUUUGCCAAGCGAGUGAAGGGGAGGACCUGGACGCUGUGUGGCACUCCGGAAUACCUAGCCCCCGAAAUCAUCCUGAGCAAGGGUUACAAUAAAGCAGUGGAUUGGUGGGCUUUGGGCGUGCUCAUAUACGAGAUGGCAGCAGGUUACCCUCCCUUCUUCGCCGACCAGCCUAUUCAGAUCUACGAGAAGAUCGUCUCUGGGAAGGUACGGUUCCCCUCGCACUUCAGCUCUGACCUGAAGGACCUCCUGAGGAACCUGCUGCAGGUGGACCUGACCAAGCGCUUCGGGAACCUGAAGAACGGCGUCAACGACAUCAAGGGACACAAAUGGUUCUCUACCACGGACUGGAUCGCCAUCUACCAGAGGAAGGUGGAGGCUCCCUUCAUCCCUAAGUGCAAAGGUCCCGGCGACACCAGCAAUUUCGACGACUACGAGGAAGAGGAAAUCCGGGUCUCCUUCACCGAGAAGUGUGCCAAGGAGUUCGCCGAAUUCUGAUCCCACCAGGAGAUGGAUAGAUAGAGAGAGAGAGAGCGAGAGAAAGAGAGGGAAGGAGGGAGGGACAGAGAAAAAAAGAAGCAAGGGAGUGAUCUUGGUCUGCUAAUUCCACCUAGCAGCGACGCAGAACAACCAAUAAGAGAGGAGGAAAACCUGAAGGAGUGAAGAUAGCACUGUUGCUUUUUCUGUCUCUCGCACGUUUCUUAUUUAUUUUACCCCCCCCCCCCCCCCCCUCGUGUUUAUAGAGCGGUAUGGGGAUUACUGACCUUUCACAUCCUUUUUUAUGGUGGGCGGGGGUAGGGGUGGGGGGUGUUCACAGCAUUUUGGUCAUUGCAGGCUCCAGUCCAGUGUUGUUAUGUUGUGGUACUGAAUCAUGGUCUUUAUUGUGGAUGGGGUGUCCAGCACAUGGAAGGGCUUUGUCUUGGUUUCUGUGGUUUUGUAAAUCUUUGCCUCUACUGACCCCACCCCACCCCCACCCCCACUCCCCAAAACAAUCUCGUGUUGCCGACACCACGUGUGAUUGCCUAGCCCCGACCCACCAGUCGAACCCCAGUGCACACUCCCCAAUGCCAACAGCACAGUCAGCUGCUUCAGAAUAACACCUGCCAAUCAAAACCCAGCGUGUAUGCCCCAAUGCCGACACAGAAAGCUGCUUCAGGAUGACACUCGCUAGAAUAGUUCCAGCCCUGCGCGUUUCCCACUUUCACGUGCGCAGCGUGUACCCUACAGACAUCACCUGUCUGCAGUGCAACAACGGGGCCUGUUCGCAAUACUCGCAAUCUAUCUGCAGCAGCAGCAUCAUGUCUGCGAUAGACAAGUCAAUGAAUCGGCCAUACAAUUAAAACCCAUCUCCAUAAAACAACUACCUGGAUUAAUUUAUCCCUCCGGAAUUCAAUUAAUUGGACUGACAUUCCAGGUCAUUUUAAAUUACAGCCUGCAUAUGAUCAUCCUUCGUAAUGCUAAUGAAAUUUUAAGUUUUUUUUUUUUUAAUCUUUUUUUUUUUUUAUCUGGGAGGUGUGAGAGAGAAAUUUAAGAUUUAAGCUAAAAGUUUAUUCCUCAAUAUCAUAACAUGCUAUUGGUCUCAACAGCCAGGACAGAGAGAGAAGUGUUGUGACUUGUUGAUUUGAGCCUUCAUUGUAUGCUUAAUUACUCCUGAAUGUCUUAAUUUAAAUUAAAUACAGUUUGUAGGUAUUCUUAGGCAACGUGUUAAAGCCUAAUUUUCAUCUAUUUGUCCAUUUCCCGUUUCACCGUUGUCAAAGUGGUCAAAUUAGAAGCACCAGAGGAAUAAAGUCUAAGCGCUAAGUGCUGUUAAUGACGGCUACUAACCGGAGACAUGAGGUGGUCAAUACAUUUUCCCUCAAAUACUGCUCUUUAAAGAAACAUUGUGUUUUAAGAAGCAGAUGUCAAUUCUUUAACCGAAAACUCAGAAAUCAAGUUUGUCCAUUCAGCAAGUGAAUGAAUGGUGGGCGUGGUGGUGUCGGACCGGACACACUCUUGACAGAACGAUUUUCGUAGGGAUUCAUUCACUGGUGCAGCAAAAUUCUUAUUAUCCGAAGAGUUACACGAGUUAGGCGCCAUCACCCCUGAAUUAUUUUGUUGUAGCUCGAAUGUGGUUUGAUCGUGUGCUGGACAAUAACGGGUUUUUGAACGUGUAAGAUGUUAAGGCGGGCUAACCGUUCAUAUCAUGCCAGUAUUGUCCAUCUUCUGUUUUGCGGGGGGAAAAACUAAAAAAAACUUUCCAAUAACGUUCAUUCAGUGGGCUACAUUGACCUGCCAACACAGACUCGACUUCUUCAGUUUUCACAACCUGAAAACGAUGUACUCGUUUAAAGGAAACCCCACGUCUUGUCGAAUAUCCUAUACGCACUAAAGUCUAGAAUAUGGUAAUGUGUGAAAUCUCAGUUCCAGGACUUCGAUGUAGCUGCAAGUGAAGCAGUCCUGCGCGCACCAGUGUGUGUAUCCUAAUUAUCCUCUGCAUUAGUUUGUUGACCGAGGAUAACGUUCUCCUACCGUAGGCUACGUACCUCUAAUGGUCAGAUCUGUUUGGUGCGGGGAGGAAUCCUUUUCAGUUGAAGGAAAAAAAGGCCUACUUUACAGCACCGAUCAACGACGGUGAACAACACCGAGACGUCACUUUCCUUUAGUAUUUUACUCGUAACCCAUUAAGCGAAAUUAUUUUUUGCGUGGAUUCAUCACACCCCCUCGCCCAUGUCUUCUAUUGUUUCCCUGGCAAUCGGCAUUUCUGCGCUUUUUCUUUUUCUGUUGGCCUUUGUAUUCGUAUCGUUUCCUUAAUCGUUCAUACAAAAAAUUACUUUUUAAAACAUAGAGUGAUUACUUUUUCAUAUUUUUAAACUAUUUUCAACAACAUGACUUUCUUUCCGAUGCAGGUACGGUAAUGGUGUAGUCUGUCGUACUGAUCGGGAAACAAUGGUGUAACUCUGCCUUUUCACAGUCUUAAUUUACCUUCUGUACAAUUUGGCGGAGAUCUUUAGGACGCAGUGUAUGUUAAAGAAAAAAAAAAUACAAAAAGUAAUAUUUUGCAACAUAUGUAUCAUUCCAAUAAAGUUUUACUUGUUAAAAUUAAA